UCAUUAUCAUUCAAGAGAAAAAGUGCACGAUCCCUUGAAGGCCUGGAUAUUGUUGGGACAUGUCGUGGAUAAGAGAUUCUGAAACUAGGCUGCUAGCUCACUAGCAAUCAAGCUUCUUCAGCAAAGCUACAAAACUCAAUUGGUCGAGCAACGUGGAACCAAAGACACCCAACGAAGGCUCUUGCUUGCAGAAAGCUAGUAACUGCUGCUGUGAAACAGAGGCACAGUUCAGUUUCAGUCGUCAGAGGGAGCUGCCUGAAAUCCUCUUUAGACAUGGCUUCGGCAGAUGCCAUCUUGUCUUCGCAGGUGGCCGGCGAAUGCAUGAAGAUCACCAAGUUGGCAGCAGCAAGCCCAGCGAAAGUGCAGGUGCAAAGUGAAGAUGGAAUUGGAAGCAGAAGGCAGCAGGUGGUGAAGAUGGAGAAGGCUGUGAGCAAGCAGCUGAAGCCUCGGUUUGCCCUUGAGCUGGAUGGGCUCUACUGCUUCGAGACCCUGGUCCCCCGUUAGACGCCAGCUAGUGCUGAAUUUAGAGCUGGGAACCUGAUAUGAUUGGUUUUUUCACUGUGUUUUUGGAUCCAUGAUUUUUGCGGGGUUAAUUAAUUAUAUUUGCGCAAAUUUUCUGUUGUGUGAUCCUUCACACGCGAUUAAUGAUUGUGUAAAAUGCUUUCUUCAACGCGAUAAAUGUAAUUGCUUUUUGUGAGUGAUUUGUCUAGUUAUGUUAAAGAUUAUUGUUUUGCGAAGACAUUACAUAAUCGAUUUUUCAGAGGUUUCUUUUUUGGA